UCGAAGCAGUCACGACUGACAGAAUGUUCGUCAGGGUCCGGGCCAGCCACAACGCAGCAAGAUUUUGACCGACUGCUCAGCGAUUUCAUCAUCAUGGGCCUCCACCCUCUUCGUCUCGUUGAACAGCAGGAGUUUGUGAAUCUCGUUCAAGUAGAAGUGAUGUCAAGGAGGACUCUGGGUCGAAGAAUCGACGACGCCUACACCAUGCACCUGUCUUCAAUUAGAAGGAUUGUGCAAUAAGUGCCUUCGGUGUGUCUGACUGCUGACGUAUGGUCUACCACCACAAAGAGCUACCUCGGGAUGACCAUGCACUGGAUUGAUCCUACCAUCCUCACCAGAGGGUCAUGUGCUCUCGCGUGCAGGCGCUUCAAAGGAGUGCACUCUUGUGACAGAAUUGCUGAGCUCAUGCAGGAUAUCCGCGAAGGGUACGGCGUCCCCCUGGAAAGGAUCACCUCUACCGUAACGGACAUUGGGUCCAACUUUGUAAAGGCAUUUAAGGUGUGUGGCAUACCUGCAUCCUACACAGACGGAGAGGAGGACGGUGAAGCCCGGUUCGAGGACAUUUCUGAUGCAAUCUUGUCUCGGCAUAUCAGAUGCGCCUUUCAUACGCUCAGUUUAAUUGCAAGGAGUGAUGUGAAGAAAGCGAUAGCGCAAAAUGCAGGCUGUGACAGGUUAUAUACUGCGUGCGUUGCAAAAUGCACAAAGUAUUGGAAUGCCUCACACCGUCCAAAAAGUGCCGAGGUCAUACAAGAAGUCAUUGGCUUUUCCCUUCCCACUCCAUGUCCCACACGGUGGAACUCUUUUCACGAUGCCCUUUCUGGGAUACUGAAAUCCAGGCAGCACAUCCCACGUCUCGCCGAGCAGCUGGACUUGCCAACAUUCCGGGAGGUUGAAAUGGAAUUCAUCGAAGAAUAUCAUCGUCAGCUUCAGCCAAUCGCCUGUGCCCUGGACCGGCUCCAAGGCAGCAAGGACUCCUAUUACGGAGAAUUCCUGCCCGUAAUAAGAGCACUGAAAUCAAAGUUGGAGUCGCUGAACAGCAGUAUCAGCGUUGGCACAUGUCGACCGGUCGCACAAGCGCUGCUCAACGGCGUCAAGACGUUAUUUCGGAGCUUCACGGAGCUAAAAGAUGAUGUGUUCAUCCUCGCAGCCGUCUCCCAUCCGUUCUUCAAGCUCCGGUGGGCGACAGGAGGGGACAAGGCAGCAGAGAAAAAGAAAAUGACAGACCUGCUGCUACAAGCUGCCGCACAGCAAGCGUCGGCCAUGCAGGACAAAGAAAACCAGGAAGAUGCGGCACCAACAAAUGAUGACUUUUUCAACUUCGAGGAUGCACCACCAGAGGAAAGCCUGGGUGGGAGUGGUUCACACUUGGAGAUCCUAAAGUACCUGGAGGAUUCAAGGACCGACAUCAAGAUGCUGCAUAAUUUCCCAUCGGUGAAGGCAAUAUUCAUCAAGUACAACACAAAUUUGUGUUCUUCAGCCGCAGUGGAGAGACUGUUUUCGUUUGGAAACCUGAUCCUGCGCCCGAACAUGAGGCGUCUCACCGAUAGCUUAUUUGAAAAACUGUUGCUUCUGAAAUCAACAAAUGGCACGCCAGCAAAAUAAACAGAAGUUGUACCAUG